AUGCCAAUGGAAAAUGAAGAUAUUCAUCACUCUCCCUCCGAGCCUGAAGUGGAGGAGAUUCAUGAUUCUCCCAGAGCAUGUGUAGCUGAUGAACAUGAUUAUCAGAAAACGAUAUAUUCUAAGUAUUCUCGAGGUGAUGAUGACGAUGAUAUUUAUGAUGGCAUACAGUUUUUGAAUGAAUUCGACUUUACUGGAAUUAACAAUGACAUUCCAACCAACAUAGAGUUUGAUCUCAAUGAUGAAGACUUUGAUCCUUUUCUCGGUAUCACCAGCAGCCAUGCAAAUAAAGUCAAUGAAGUUGUUUCUCUAUCAACCAAGACUAGAGCUGAAGAAGAUUCUCUCAAAAUUCUAUUCUCCACCUCAAAGCCCUUAGAGGUCACAACAAGCCAAGGGGAUGUGACAUCAGAGAUUCCUCCUUCUGUGUCAUUUGUCUCAACAUCAGCUCCAAUCAUUUCCGACUUAUCUGAACCUCAUACUUCUCAGACUUCCUUAAGAAGAAGACAAUCUCUUGAAAGUCUGGAGAUUCCCGCUGUAAAAAGUGCUCCUCAAGUUACCUCAACAAUCACUGCAACCUUUGGUCACUCUCCUCCAAAGCAGUCUAAUGAAGGUCUAAGCACAAUGUUCGAGACUGGUGGAUCCUCUUAUGUUCCAGAAUAUUCUCCAACUCGACCUUCUCUAGAUGAAGCUUCUAUCAGACUAGUAAGACAUUUGGCUCAAUCAAGUCCAACCUCUUCACGCGGGAAAGGAAGAUCAUUUAACGAGGGUCGGACAGAUGAUGAAAAAUUCUCCUCAUCUGAUCUUCGAGAGGAAGUUGGAGUUCUCCGCCAACAGCUCAUUGAAAAAUCAAUUCAAAUGGAUCAACCUUCUGCAUAUGUCUUGGAGCUCAGGGCAAAGGAUGAAGAAAAGACCAAACAAAUCAAAGAUUUACAAACAAGUCUUAAUCUCAAGAACGUAUUGUAUGAUGCUUUUGGUGAAAAAGUUAACGCUCUCUUCCAACAGCCUCAUGGAGUAGAUGAUCCUCCUUCAGCUCAAUCACCUCAUGCAACUGAUGAUCUUCAUGUUGACCCACCUGCUCCAAGAUCAACUAUCAUUGUAGACAGAUUUGAAAAAGAACCAGAAGGAAGCAGAGCUAGAAUCACAAUUAAACAAGGCAAAAGAGUUGUGACUGAAAACCAACGCUAG